CUUUCUUUAACUGUCUAUGGGCUAGUGGCGCUAGGAUGAAGAGCUAACUGGAUAAGCUGAGCAUGUAUUUAUUCUACCAAAAGGAUUCGUCAUGGCGAAACAGUGGCGUCCAUGAAAGGGACAAGAUCCAUGAGAGCCAGGGGCGAUCAGGCCUCACCACAGAAACCAGAGGAGUUCCCAGAUUCCACUGGGGAAGGAGAACAACAUGAAGUUUCCUAAACGCUGGACAGCACACAGGUAUGGGUUGGUACCGGGUGUGGUUGUAGGUUUGAUGUGUUUGGUGAUCUUCUCUCUACCGUGGAUUCAGACAUCGAGAAGCAAACCUCUGCCUCGGUACGUCAACCCAGCACAUAAAAAGAAGGUGCACGAGCACGUGCACAGAGUUUUGGAGAGUCAGUGUCGUCCCGGCAACGCCAGGAAGAACUUGUUGGCUCAACUUCCUGCUUCCAGUCACAUGACCCAGCCCUUCUUGUGGAGGGACGGUCCACUUGCUGAUGACCUCUUCCUGUUUCCACCGCCAUUUGGCUUCAGAAGUCUUCGGGGAAAUGUAAAGGAACUGCUGAAACUGCUGCCAGACUCGCCACUGCCUGAAAAGACAGAUAAGUGUCGCCGCUGUGUGGUUAUGGGAAAUGGAGGCAUUCUCAGAGGCCUGGAGCUGGGCCCACUGAUCAACCGCUUUGACACAAUUAUCAGGUUAAACAGUGGUCCUCUGGGACAGUUCAGUGUUGAUGUCGGAAACAGAACCACCAUCAGAAUGAGUUACCCAGAGGGAACCCCGCUCCGCUGGAUCGACACAGACCCAGACACUGUGUUUGUAGCCGUGGUGUAUAAAGGUGUGGACAUCAGCUGGAUCUCUGCUAUGAUGAACAAGCUCACUGUGUCUCUGUGGGACUGGCUCUUCUUCUGGCAGACAGUUCCAGAUCAUAUCCCUCUCGAGCCCCACAGGUUCAGACUUCUAAACCCAGCAAUCAUCCGAGAGACUGCAUUGGACCUGCUGAAAUACCCUCCACCCAGACAACGCCUGUGGGGAACUGACCAGAACGUUCCUACCAUGGGUGUCGCUGCACUGGAUUUAGCCAGUGUGCUGUGUGACGAGGUGAGCCUGGCGGGCUUCGGCUACAACCUGUCCCAGCAGGGGGCGCCCCUGCACUACUAUGACGACCUGCACAUGACGGAGAUGCUGAAGCAGACUUCCCACAAUGUGGACAGAGAGACAAAACUCCUGCAAAGCUUAGUGAGAGAGGGAGUUGUCACCGACCUGACACAGGGGAUCCACUGCUCCUUCUGCCCCAGCUGACCCCCCCUAUGCUUUUAAGAGCCAAGACUGUACACAAACUCAGAAAAGCAACGGGAAACCAAAGGACUCCCAAAUGUCUGAGAAGCGA